AUGCAACCGGCAAAAAGCAAUGCUAACAGCUCCACGGAUAGUCAGACUGACGUAGAGACCAAAGCUCCUGAGUCAACAUGCGUUGACUCAAACCAGUUUCCCAUUAGGACGGAAGCUGCCACCAUCUCCGCUGACGAUCUCGAAAAUGAAGCACCAGCGACGGCCGGUUUGGAACAGUCCGUAGCAGAGCAUUCGUCGCCAGUCGCCAAGCGUGUCAUGGAGGAUUCGCAGUCACACCGUGCCGUGAUGAGUCCUCUUGGCGGAGCCAAGGGUGCCUUGCUCCUGCCUGUUGAGGAGGAUACGAAGAAAGGAGAAGAUGAAGCUGAAGAUACAGAGCUUGAUACACGAGAUAGACCGUCUACAAUAGAAUGGAUCGCGGAUCAGCGGCUGCAAGAGGAGCUGGCUAAAGAGCGGGAAGUGAACGAGAAGCUACGGAACAAGGUGGAGCAGCUUGAACGCGUGGUACAGAAGAUGAACACUGGGAGAGAUGACUUGGAGAAGUCGUUGGAGGCCAGGAGGAUGGAUUUGGCUCGCAAGAUUGAAGAGUUGAAGGAGAAGAAUCGCCGAGCGAAGGAGGAGUUGUCGAAGGCCAAGUCGGAGACCUCAAAUGUCAGAUCAUUGUUGCAGCAGCAGAAACGUGAACUCUCGGCCGUCCGCGAUAAGCUAGCUGCUCAGGGCCACAAGCUAGCAGACGCAGAGGGACAGAACACUCUAUUGAAGGAGCAGCUGGAAGGCCUUCAGCAAAAGAUGCAUCAGAAGCUCGUGAGGAUGCAGUCCGAGCUACAGGCUCUUCGAGACGACAAGGCGCAUGUGGAAGUUCAGGCGAGGGAGCUUGCAAUCACGCAGCAGGAGCACCUCGCUUCUUUCAGUACUGUCUUCCGUAGCCUUUCCUUGAUCGUGCGUUCCCAUCUUUUCGAAGUUAAUGUUCAGUUCUUCUUUCGUCGUCCUCCAACUUGUGCAGGAAGCAUCCGUGUGUUCUGCCGCGCGAGGCCGCUGUCAGAGGCAGAGGAAAAGUUAGGUGCUCAGCCAGCGGUGCUGCUGGAUUCAGAUCCUCAUGGCAGCCAGAUGGUUUCGGUGCGAUCAGCCAAGGACGGACAGAGCAAGGUGUUCGAGUUUGACCGAGUCUUCUCUCCGACCACCAGUCAAGCUCAAGUUUUCAAGGAGGCGGCUGACGUCAUCACGUCGGUUCUUGACGGGUACAACGUGUGCAUCUUCGCGUACGGGCAGACCGGCACGGGCAAGACGUACACGAUGGAAGGCCCCGCGGAGAACAGGGGCGUGUCGUUCCGUACGCUGCAAGAGCUGUUCCGAUUGGCUAAGGAGCGACAUGACAGCAUGGAGUACAAGUACGAUUGUGGUGAGCGUGCUGGAGGUCUACAACGACACCAUUCGCGACCUCCUCGCUCCAACCGGCGGACACGCUGCACCCAACAGCAAGAAGGUCUGGAGGUGAAGCAGAGGCCAGAGGGUGGAAACUACGUGCCAGGGUUGGUGGAGCAGGAGGUGGGGAGCGUGGAGGAGGCAUGGAAGGUGCUUAUGUCUGGCUCCAAGGCGCGUGCCACCAGCGCCACCAGCAUGAACGAGCACUCCAGCCGAUCCCACUGGUGCGUGCCUCUCCACCUGCCGGCCAGCCUCUUUCUGUCUGAGUUUCCUUUUCCGCCGGUGCGCGGACUUCCCAGGGAUGUGGCUGAUUGUGACCUGCUACUUGUUGCUUUUGGUGCGUGCAGCCUUGUCUGCGUGUCCGUGCACGCCCAGCCAGCGGCGUUCCUGCGGUCCAGCAAAGAGAAGGAGGGAGCCGGAGCCUCGGGUGCGAGUGCGAGUGCGGGGACAGUGAGUCGCCUGUGGCUGGUGGACCUGGCGGGCAGCGAGCGCGUGGCCAAGAGCGAGGCGGAGGGCGAGCGGCUCAAGGAGGCGCAGAACAUCAACCUGUCACUAUCGUACCUGGGAGAGGUCAUCAACGCCCUCGCCAAACGUGCCAGCUUCGUCAACUUCAGGAACUGCAAGCUGACGAUGCUGCUGCAGGACUCCCUGGAAGGGAACGCCAAGGUGCUCAUGUUCGUGCAGGUCAGCCCGAGUGAGAAGGACAGCGUGGAGACUGUGUGCUCGCUGCAGUUUGCCUGCCGGGUGCGUGGCGUGGACUUUGGCGCUAGCAAGAAGCAGACCGACGUUCCCCGACUCAAGCAAGCGCUGGAGAAGGCCAAGGCGGACUGCAAGGAGGUGAAGGAGGCGUACCAGAAGCAGAGCGAGGAGCUGGAGGAAGUGAGGCGCAAGACAGCCACCGAGAAGGAGAAGCUUGUCUCUGAGCUGCAGAUGCAGAUUCAGGAGCGCCAGAAGGAAUAUCAGAACUUGAUGGAUGCUCUGGAGAAGGAGAAGGCGCGUGCACUGCAACAGGCGCAACUGCAGCAGCAGCAGCAGAUCAAGGCAGACUCUUACAAGCAGCCUUCGGUCUCGGCAGACUCACUUCAGGUGGCUUCGCUGGGGACACAUGCUGAGGAGGAGAAGGCUGAGCACGAGCCCCACUGUGAGGCAAGCCUGGAGCAGACCAGUGAAGCAGGACAAGUCAGUGCUUCUGUUGCCGCUGCUACUGCGUCUUCUGCUUCUGCUGCUUCUGCCACUGAUGAUGCUGGUAUGGAAGAGGCAUCUGGCCCCCGCCCAGAGCCGAUUGCUGAGGCUUCCGCGUCUGAGUCUGCACUGGAGGAGGAGGAGAAGGCUUGGGUGGACCUGAAGCAGGCUGGUGACAGAGUGGUCUCCCAGAUUGCAGAUUUUGUGAAGGGUAGAGCAGGUGCUGCCACUGGUGCUUCUGAGAAGCGGGUGGGGCCAGGCAGAGUUCCGGCUAGGAUUCCUGCAGGAUCCUCUGUUGCAGGAGGGGCAUCCGCUCAGAAGGCAAUUGCGGCAGUGACAGCUUCCGGAGUUCCCAAGGCCACUGCAAGGUCGCUGGGGAGCAAGAUUCCAUCGAGCCGCACUGGAGCUGCAUGGGCGGGCUGUGGCAAGGGGGAGAGGAGACGUGAAGCAUGGGAUGACUAUGCUAUGCUGGGUUAUGCACCCGCUGCCAAGAAGAUGAUGCUGCGUAGGGCCACUGCCACUGAUGCUGUUGGGUUGGAGGUUGGCGAAAGGCUGGAGAGGCCAGAGGAAUCAGGAGCUGGGAUGGAUGGCGACCAGAAGGCUUUUGGAACGGAGCUGGAUGCAGUGGGGGCAGUGAGAACCCGGAAGCCUGGUAGGCCACCGUUGGCUGGUCUGCGAGUGAACAAGGUGGUGGUUGGGCGCGAGUGGUAUGAUGAGUGGAGGAGGCAGUCUGCUGAAGUGACCAAGGGGUUGAAGCGCAAUCCGAAUGGCAGUGCCGGUGCAGCUGCUGAAGGAGAUAAGGCGAGCGUGGCUUGUGAUGGUGAGGGUGUGGACGGGUGUGAUGAGAAGAAGGUUGAGGAGGAGGACGUGUGUGAGCAGGGAGCGCGUCAACAGCAGUUGGUGCUGCAUCAGCCUUACCAUGUGUUCACUGCUGGGACUGCUGCUGCUUCUGCUGCUGCUGGAGAGAAAGGGCACGAGGUUACAGCACCACUUGCACUCCGCCAUGGCAUUCCUCCUACUGCAUUUGGCAGCACCGUCAGGCCACAUGCUGUGCGCAGGUCAGGGCUAACUACACCCAUGCCGUCAGCAAUCCCUUCGCUGCACAAGACACUCAUCUCUGUUAUGGCGGCCAAGCUAGCGGCUGCAGCAGUCGCCCUCUCCGCCCGCGCUCGCCACACCCGAACUCCGUGGCUCGGCGUAUGCUCUGCUAACUACCCUCUCCACCCAUUCACCCCGUCCCGCAAUUUCGAUUCCCCGCCGCAUUCCGUCCCUUCCGCCGCACCUCCCGCGAAGGACUCCAAUCCCGCCACACCUGUCAGCCCGCCAUCCUUAGACUGGUCGCCGGAGAGACAGCAACAGCAGGCGCUUUCGCCGAAGGCGGCGCACUUCGCGGAGCCUGGUGGCGGACUGGGCGCGGCGGCAGUAGGGAGACGCGCAGAAGCGGCGGCGGGAAAUGCGGUAACUGUGGAGCCGGGAGCGAGCAGACAGCGGUCGCACGGCGUGCACGUGUUUUCAAUGCAAGGUGAAGCCUUAGUAGCUGUUACGCAGCAACAAGCCGUUUUGCAGCAAAAAGCAGUUACGCAGCAGCAAGCUGCUGCCCAGCUCUCGCCCAAUCACACCAGCUCUCUCUUUCCUCGUCUUUCUAGCUC